AUGAAAAUUGAUGAAGCAUUUGAAAUUAAACCGCAAGAUGAGAUUCCACCAUAUAAUAAGACACCGGCACUAUAUUUUUCUUGUCCAACAGUUUUUUUUGCUGUUUUUCGUACUUUAAUUAAUGCACAUUAUUCAUCUCAAGUUAAUGAAUGGAGUUUAUUAUCAAUGACAAGUAGUGCACAAAGAAAACUAAUACGUAUGGCUAAAUGGGAAUUAACUGGUCUUAUGUUAAAUGCAUAUUCAUUGCAUACAACUUAA